AUAUGCUCUGGAAUCUGUUGUGCUUGCACUUGGAGCUAUGGAAAGGAGUACAAUUGAUGAAACAGAAAGCUACCACCAAAAAGCUAUAUACUAUUUGAAAGACAUGAGGAACCAUAUGGAGGCCAUUAAUAAUAUCCCACGCAAGAUAUUGAUGGUGACCAUUAUUGUCUCACUUUUGCAUAUGGAUGAUAUCUCUCUCAAUUUGACAAAUUGUGCCUCACCUGGGAGCUAUUCUGAAUUGGACAUUAAGUCUGCUUGGGAACGUACUGAUCUUUCUACUUAUGAAGGGGGUAACAAAAUGGUCACAUCUUUCAUAGAGUUGCUACUUGAUGUAUUACAUAAUAAUUUACCAUCUGCUGCGUUGGAACAAGAUCAUGCAUUGGCUGGUGGUGUCACUACUGGUGGAAGACAGGCCUUAGAAUGGAAACUCUCAAGUGCUAGACAUUUCAUUGAUGAUUGGGAAUGGCGCUUGUCAAUUUUGCAAAGUCUUUUACCUUUAUCUGAACGCCAGUGGAGAUGGAAGGAAGCAUUAACUGUGUUGCGUGCAGCUCCAUCUGAGCUACUUAACCUCUGUAUGCAAAGGGCAAAGUAUGAUAUAGGAGAAGAGGCUGUCCAUCGAUUUUCCUUAUCUCCAGAAGAUAGAGCUACUCUUGAAUUAGCUGAAUGGGUAGAUGGUACCUUCAGAAGAGCAUCUGUAGAAGAUGCUGUGUCUCGUGCUGCUGAUGGAACUUCUGCUGUGCAAGAUUUAGAUUUUUCCUCUUUACGUUCGCAAUUAGGUCCUUUGGCUGCAAUUCUUCUUUGUAUUGAUGUUGCUGCAACUUCUGUAAGGUCCGCAGAUAUGUCCCUCCAGCUUCUGAAUCAGGCUCAAGUAAUGUUAUCUGAUAUAUAUCCAGGACGAGCUCCAAAGAUGGGCUCCACUUACUGGGAUCAGAUCCAUGAAGUUGGAGUAAUUUCUGUGACAAGGCGAGUUCUCAAGCGUCUGCAUGAGUUCUUGGAGCAGGAUAAACCUCCUGCUCUUCCAGCAAUUUUGUCUGGAGAGAUAAUAAUUUCAUCAUCAAAGGAGACUUAUCGACAAGGACAAAGGGAACGCGCUCUUGCCAUACUCCAUCAGAUGAUUGAAGAUGCUCACAAGGGCAAGCGGCAGUUUCUGAGUGGUAAGCUUCAUAAUCUUGCAAGAGCUGUUGCUGAUGAAGAAACAGAAACAAGAGGGGAAGGCCCCUAUACUGAUCGGAAAGUUCUUUUAAACUUUGACAAGGAUGGGGUUCUUGGGCUUGGGCUGAAAGCUAUCAAACAGACACCCAGUUCAGCAGCUGGAGAAAACAAUAUGCAACCUGUGGGUUAUGAUAUCAAAGAUACUGGAAAAAGGCUUUUUGGUCCCAUAAGUGCAAAGCCCACAACUUUUCUUUCACAAUUUAUACUCCAUAUUGCUGCAAUUGGUGACAUAGUUGAUGGGACAGAUACAACUCAUGAUUUCAAUUUUUUCUCGCUUGUGUAUGAGUGGCCUAAAGAUCUUUUAACUCGUCUGGUCUUUGACCGAGGCAGCACUGAUGCAGCUGGAAAGGUAGCAGAAAUUAUGUGUGCUGAUUUUGUCCAUGAAGUGAUUUCUGCAUGUGUACCUCCAGUUUAUCCUCCAAGAUCUGGUCAUGGAUGGGCAUGCAUUCCAGUGAUUCCUACCUGUCCUAAGAGUAACUCAGAAAACAAAGUGCUUUCUCCCUCUUCUAGAGAAGCAAAGCCUAAUUUUUACAGCCGUUCCUCUGCAACACCCGGUGUCCCUCUAUACCCUCUCCAGUUGGAUAUAGUGAAGCAUUUGGUUAAACUAUCACCAGUGAGGGCCGUCUUAGCAUGUGUUUUUGGGAGUAGUAUAUUAUACAAUGGCAAUGAUUCAUCUCUCUCUAGUUCCUUGAAUAGUGGAUUACUGCAGGCACCUGAUGCUGACAGGUUAUUUUAUGAGUUUGCUCUUGAUCAAUCAGAAAGGUUCCCAACUUUGAACCGAUGGAUACAAAUGCAAACCAAUCUUCAUCGAGUUUCAGAGUUUGCUAUCACUGCUAAACAUACAGAUAAUGAUAGUAUGGUUAUACCUGAAGCAAGAACUGCUAUCAAGAGAUUUCGUGAACAUGACAGUGAUACUGAGUCAGAGGUUGACGAUAUUGUCAAUAGCAGUAAUCUUUCAACAACUUUUACUGACUUCAACAGUCAAACUAGUGUGGCUCCUGACAACUUGUGGCGUGAUUCUCCAAAACAUGAAAUUUCUGAAGAUACAACAGUGUUCCUUUCUUUUGAUUGGGAAAAUGAAGUACCCUAUGAGAAAGCUGUAGAGCGAUUAAUUGAUGAAGGAAACUUGAUGGAUGCUCUUGCUCUUUCGGAUCGCUUUUUGCGCAAUGGAGCCUCAGAUCGGUUACUUCAGCUACUCAUUGAACGUGGGGAAGAAAACCAUUCAGGAUCUGGACAACCUCAAGGUUAUGGAGGCCCUAGCAUUGGGAGCAACAGUUGGCAGUAUUGCCUGCGGUUGAAGGAUAAACAGCUGGCAGCUAGACUUGCCCUCAAGUAUUUGCACAGAUGGGAACUGGAUGCUGCUUUGGAUGUUCUUACCAUGUGCAGUUGCCACUUGACUCAAAGUGAUCCAAUUAGGAAUGAGGUCCUGCAAAUGAGACAAGCUCUGCAGAGGUACAAUCACAUUUUAUGUGCAGAUGAUCAUUAUAGCAGCUGGCAAGAGGUUGCAGCUGAGUGCAAGGAAGAUCCUGAGGGCUUGGCACUUAGAUUAGCUGGAAAAGGAGCUGUUUCUGCUGCUUUAGAAGUAGCUGAAAGUGCAGGAUUAUCAAUAGAGUUGCGGAGGGAAUUGAAAGGUCGACAACUUGUGAAACUUCUCACUGCCGACCCCCUUAAUGGUGGAGGUCCAGCAGAAGCUUCACGAUUUCUUUCUUCACUAUGUGACUCUGAUGAUGCUCUACCAGUUGCAAUGGGUGCUAUGCAGCUCUUACCUAACCUGCGGUCAAAACAACUUCUUGUUCACUUUUUCUUGAAGAGAAGAGAUGGUAAUUUAUCUGAUGUUGAGGUUUCCAGGCUUAACUCAUGGGCCUUAGGUCUUCGUGUUCUGGCCGCCUUGCCAUUGCCAUGGCAGCAAAGAUGUUCUUCCCUGCAUGAGCACCCUCAUUUAAUACUUGAAGUUCUGCUGAUGAGGAAACAACUGGAAUCUGCUUCUCUGAUCCUUAAAGAAUUUCCUUCCUUGAGAAACAACAAUGUAAUCAUUGCAUAUGCUGCCAAAGCUGUCAGCAUUAGCUCACCCUCCAGAGAACCUCGGAUCUCUGUUUCAGGUCCUAGACCUAAGCAAAAAACAAGGGCAGGUGCACCUACAAGGUCUUCUUUUUCCAGCAGUCUAAGUAACUUGCAAAAAGAGGCUCGUAGAGCUUUUUCCUGGACUCCACGCAACACUGGAGAAAAGGCUGCUCCAAAAGAUGUUUACAGGAAAAGAAAGAAUUCUGGAUUAUCACCAUCUGAACGAGUUGCUUGGGAAGCCAUGACUGGUAUUCAGGAGGAUCGUGUUUCAUCAUUCUCUGCCGAUGGACAAGAACGGCUUCCUUCUGUAUCUAUUUCUGAGGAAUGGAUGCUGACUGGUGACACCAAUAAGGAUAUAGCUGUUCGUUCAUCUCACCGAUAUGAAAGUGCUCCUGACAUCAUUCUCUUCAAGGCUCUACUUUCUUUGUGUUCUGAUGAGUUGGUGUCUGCCAAAGGUGCACUGGACUUGUGUGUUAAUCAGAUGAAGAAUGUAUUGAGCUCCCACCAAUUGCCUGAAAAUGCAACUGUGGAAACUGUUGGUCGAGCAUAUCAUGCCACAGAAACCUUUGUACAGGGACUUUUCUUUGCUAGAUCUCUUCUGAGAAAGCUUGCUGGGGGUAGUGACUUGUCUAGUAAUCCUGAAAGAAGUAGGGAUGCUGACGAUACUUCCUCUGAUGCUGGCAGCUCUAGUAUGGGCAGUCAAUCCACAGAUGAGCUGUCUGAAGUUCUGUCACAAGCAGAGAUUUGGCUUGGACGUGCUGAGCUGCUACAGAGCCUUCUGGGAUCAGGAAUUGCUGCUUCUCUCAAUGAUAUAGCUGACAAAGAGUCAUCUGCACAUCUCCGUGACAGGUUGAUUGUAGAUGAACAAUACAGCAUGGCUGUAUACACUUGUAAGAAGUGUAAGAUCGAUGUUUUUCCUGUGUGGAAUGCAUGGGGACAUGCUUUGAUUCGGAUGGAGCACUAUGCACAAGCCCGUGUGAAAUUUAAGCAAGCUCUUCAGUUGUACAAGGGCGAUCCUGCACCUGUCAUUCUGGAAAUCAUUAAUACAAUUGAAGGAGGUCCCCCUGUUGAUGUUUCAGCUGUUCACUCCAUGUAUGAUCAUUUGGCUAGAAGUGCACCAACAAUCUUGGAUGAUUCUCUUUCUGCAGAUGCAUAUCUCAAUGUCCUGUACAUGCCAUCUACAUUUCCUCGUUCAGAAAGAUCCAGGCGAGCUCUAGAAUCUGCAAGUAGUAACUCCAUAUAUAGUCCUGAUUUUGAAGAUGGACCUCGCAGCAACCUGGACAGUCUCCGAUAUCUUGAAUGUGUUAACUAUUUACAAGAAUAUGCACGUCAGCAUUUGCUUACUUUUAUGUUCAGGCAUGGUCAUUAUAAUGAUGGUUGCAUGCUGUUCUUUCCUACAAAUGCUGUUCCUCCUCCUCCUCAACCAUCAAAUCAUGGUGUAGUUACUUCAUCUUCAUCUCCUCAAAGGCAGGAUCUUUUGGCAACCGAUUAUGGGUCCAUUGAUGAUUUGUGUGACAUGUGUAUUGGAUAUGGUGCCAUGUCUGUUUUGGAGGAAGUGAUAUCAACAAGAAUGUUGUCUACAAAUCUACAAGAUGUAGCAGUGAAUCAAUACACUGCCGCAGCACUUGCUCGUAUUUGCACCUAUUGUGAAACUCAUAAGCAUUUCAAUUAUCUAUACCAGUUUCAGGUAAUCAAGAAGGACCAUGUUGCUGCUGGGCUUUGCUGUAUUCAGUUAUUUAUGAAUUCUUCUUCACAAGAGGAAGCUAUAAAACAUUUAGAGCAUGCCAAGAUGCAUUUUGAUGAAGGGCUGUCAGCACGCCACAAAGCUGGCGAUUCUACUAAACUUGUCACCAAGGGUAUCCGAGGAAAGAGUGCCUCUGAAAAACUUACUGAAGAAGGACUUGUCAAGUUUUCUGCUCGGAUAUCAAUCCAGGUUGAUGUUGUAAAGUCUUUUAAUGAUUCAGAUGGACCACAGUGGAAGCAUUCUUUUUUUGGAAAUCCAAAUGAUCCUGAAACUUUCAGGAGAAGAUGUGAGAUUGCAGAGACUCUAGUGGAGAAGAAUUUUGAUUUGGCUUUCCGACUGAUAUAUGAAUUCAAUCUUCCUGCUGUUGAUAUAUAUGCUGGUGUUGCUGCAUCACUUGCUGAGAGAAAAAAGGGUGGGCAAUUGACAGAAUUCUUCAGAAACAUCAAAGGCACUAUCGAUGAUGAUGAUUGGGAUCAGGUCCUAGGGGCUGCAAUAAAUGUAUAUGCCAACAGACACAAAGAACGCCCUGAUCGGCUCAUAGACAUGCUGACAAGUAGCCACAGGAAGGUGCUGGCUUGUGUGGUUUGUGGGCGUCUAAAAAGUGCCUUCCAGAUUGCCUCUCGAAGUGGAAGUGUGGCUGAUGUUCAAUAUGUAGCGCAUCAGGCAUUGCAUGCAAAUGCACUACCCGUGCUCGACAUGUGCAAACAAUGGUUGGCUCAGUACAUGUAAUUUGUUGCCCAAGGAAAUGCAGCUAUUUCAAAUCAUUUCCAUAAAGAUGUAAUUUGGUUACCUGGCUGCACAUGAAGCAAGUUUUGGAGCUGCCAACCCGGCUUUGCUCAACGAAAAUAGAAAGAAAUCAGUGGUAACAUAUUAUUUCUGCCACUGUGUUCCAACAAUCUGUCAUUUGGAGCUGCUUUUGAUCUUAUGAGUUGGCUCAGUUUCAUGGAUACUGAUGUUGUAAUUUUUGCCGAAGCUGGGAGGAUGUGAAGAGAAUACUACUUGAGAAGGACAAAUGCUCUCCCCCUCCUGAAUUUCUUUUUACUUUCUAUAAUCUACACCUGUAGACUAAGGGAAAACAACUAUAUGUUUAUUCUUUUGUUGGUUGAAUUUGGCCUUGCCUUCAAUAAUCAAGUUGUAUAAUCUAGCUUCUCAAUAAACUCUUAAAAGAAUUUUUUUCUUUUUUUCCCCCAAAAACAUCUUUUUGGGCGGUGAUUGUAUUGACUAUUUCAUUGUGUCAUCUGGAGAUCCUAAAAGAUUUGAAUAAAAUAUUAAAAUCAUGUACACAAUGUCGUGUCUUCUCUC